AUGCCAUUCAUCUACGGCACCUUGCCUACUGGGCCUGACAUUCCCCCUAAUACAGAUGCCGAGAAUGCGAUUGUGUCUUACAUUCAUGGGGCGUGGGCUGCUUUCGCUAAAGAUCCUGUUAAUGCUCUUGCAACGUAUCAGGACGGAUGGCCUCAAUGCUCUCCUUCUGGUCCCACCCUAAUUAGAAUCGGGUACGACAACAAGACCGGUACGAAUGUUGCAUUUCCCAGUGUCUAUGAUGCAACUUGUCUCAAAACCUUUGCAGUUGAUUUGGCAGACGCAUAA